AUGGGUCUUGUUUUCACUCACCCCUCGUGCGGAACGGCAGGCACGCAUGGGUCUUGUUUUCACUCACCUCUCGUGUCGAACGGCAGGCACGCAUGGGUCUUGUUUUCACUCACCCCUCAUGCCGAAUGGCAGGCACACAUGGGUCGAUUUUCAAUCACCUCUCGUGCCGAACGGCAGGCACGCAUGGGUCUUGUUUUCACUCACCUCUUGUACCGAACGGCAGGCCCCCUAACUCAUCCUUUAUACGCUGUUCACCCACCUUCGGCUCUGUCUGCCGCUCCCUUCCAAUCUUCAAACCAACCCCUUGGCUUGAGGACUUGGGGGGACUACAUGAUCACCACCGGCUUACAAACGACAGACGCUCGUUCCCGGGUCAGAAUGUCGGAGCUCAGGGACACAAGCAAGUUCCCAACCAAGAAGUCUCUCCUCGAUCGGAAACUUGGGGGACUACUGUUUGUACCAUAUUUGACCACCUACUCACGUCGUGACAUGUGGAACGCCCUCAAGCCAGAGACCAGCUCAACUGGGCCAUACCAAAUGUUCUCUCGGCACUCAGUACCGAUUCAGGGGGUCGAUAACGCAGCAUCACUACCUACGCCAACCUUCGGUAUUGUCUACCGAGCGACCAACCAUCACAUCAAUCCGAUUCUGACAGAUUACCUCAGAAUUCCUGCCAGAGCCUGUCAGAAUUACGUGUCGACCUCCGAAGACACUCCCACGAGUCCCACAUCGAAACUAAGUAUUAAGAGCAUCACAAAUGCUCUCUAUAAAUAG